CCGCCAUCGCCGCGAGCCGCCACCUGCCGCCGCCGCGCGCCGCGGCCGGAACCGGCCCGAACCGGCCCGAACCGGAACCGGAACCGGGACCGGAACCGGCCCGAACCGGGCGGCGCCGCCGCCGCUGCCGGCCCCGCCGGACCCUCCCGCCGCCAUGGGGGCCGGGGGGGGCCGGGGGGGCCGCUGCCGCCCCCCAGAGCGCGGGGGCCGGGGCUGAGCCCGGGGCCGGGACCGCGGGGCCGGGAUCCCGCUCGGGCUGGGGGCAGGGGGUCGGGUCGGGCCGGGCCGGGCCGGUCCCCGCCAUGGGCUGCAACAUGUGUGUGGUGCAGAAGCCGGAGGAGCAGCACCGGGUGAUGCUGCAGGUGAGCGGGAAGGAGGGGCCGCGGCGGGGGCCGGGCCCGGAGCCGUGCCGGGGGGGCCCGCGGGGGCCCAAGGAGCCGCUGGUGCUGCAGGUGCUGCGCCGCAGCCCCCGGGGCCGCCCCCCCGCCGGCGGGACCCCCCAGCUCGGAGCUGCCGCCCCCCCGCACCCCUGGGGGGGGCCGGGCCCACCCCCCCCCGCCGCCGGCCUGGUGGACAGCGGGACCCAGACGGACAUCAGCUUCGAGAGCCGCCUGGGCCCCGGGCGGGGGGCCGGCAGCCCCGGGGGGGCCGAGCCCCCCCCACUCCCCCAUGACUAUUUCGACCCCGCGGAUCUGGGGGAGCCCGAGCGCCCCGAGGAGCUGGAGUACGAGGAGGUGGAGCUGUACAAGGCCAGUCACCGGGACAAGCUGGGGCUCACGGUCUGUUACCGCACCGACGGCGAGGAGGACGCCGGCAUCUACGUGGGGGAGGUGAACCCCAACAGCAUCGCAGCCAAGGACGGGCGCAUCCGCGAGGGCGACCGCAUCGUCCAGAUUAACGGGGUGGAGGUGCAGGACCGGGAGGAGGCCGUGGCCUUCCUCACCCGGGAGCAGCAAACCAACAUCUCCCUCCUCCUCGCCCGCCCCGAGAGCCAGCGCUGGAAGGACAGCGACCGCGAGGAUUUCCUCGACGACUUCGGCUCCGAUGAGGACGGGGAGCUGCGGCAGCGGGGGGCCUGGACCCCCCCGGGGCAGCCCCCCAGCCCGGCCACCCCCUGCCCGCGGGGCGCGGAGCCGGACAGCGGCGUGGGUCGCACGGACGAGAGCACCCGGAACGAGGAGAGCUCGGAACACGAUCUGCUGGGGGAGGAGGGCGGCGACGGACCCCCCCUGCGCCCCCCCCCGCCCCGCCGCGCGCCCCGGCCCGGCGCCAGCCCCAGGCCGCGGGCCGCCGCAAGACCCGGCACCGGAUCCGGAGGAGGAGGAGGAGCAGCGAGCCCCGGGGGAAGACCCGGAUCCGGAUCGAGCUCCGGCUCGGGAGCGGGGCCCGCGGGCAGACCCGGGCCGGUCGGAAGAGCCGGAGCCGGAUCGGCGCCCGGAGGAGGAGGAGGAGGAGGAGGAGGAAGAGCCGGAGCGGCGGUGGGAAGAGCCGGCGCCGGAUCCGCCGCGCUCAGCCCCGGUCCCGCAGCGGGGGGGCCUCUCCCCGGGGGGGCGGCAGCGGGUCUGAGCCAGGCGGAGCUGCGGCGGUACCGGCAGCUGCGGGGCCGUCUGGGCGGAUCGGCCGCGGGCCGGGCGGAGCUGGCGCUGCUGGAGGAGGAGCUGCGGCACCUGGAGUUCAAGUGCCGGCACCUGCUGCGGGCGCAGAAGAUGGAGCGGCUGCGGGAGCGCUGCCUGCGCGCCUGGCUGGAGGCGGCGGGGGCCGAACCCCCCCUGGCCGAUAUCUCGGAGGCGCCCGAGCGGGACAGCACCAGCGCCUACAACACCGGCGAGAGCUGCCGCAGUUCCCCGCUGCUGCGCGGGCUGCCGGCGGGCGGCGGGAAGGGUCCGAGGGCCAAGCGGCCCGGCCGCGACCGGUUGCUGAAGGCUCGGGCCAUCAAGAUCCUGGAGGAGCGCGGCGGCUCCACCACCGACGACGACGCCCGCAGCGAGCUCAAGACCGGGCGGUACUGGAGCCGAGAGCAGCGCAAGCAGCACCUGGCCCGCAGCCGGGAGCAGCGCCGGCGCCGGGAGCUCCUGCUGCAGAGCCGCAUGGAGGCGGCGGGGGGCGGCCCCGAGCCGCUCCCGGUGCCCGCGGUGGUACCGGUGCCGCCGCCGCCGCCGCCUCCCCCCGCCCAAGCCGCCGCCGCCGCCGCCGGGACCCGCCGGGGGCUCCGCAAGCGCAGCCGCCGCAUCCUGGACAACUGGGUGACGAUCCAGGAGAUGCUGGCCCGCGGGACACGGGCGGCCGACGGCGGCCGCGUCUACAACCCCCUGCUCUCGGUCACCACUGUCUAGCGGGGGGCUCAGCUCGCCCCCCCCAAACCCCGAGUUUGGGGGUGCAGGGGCAGGGGGGGCUCCCCCCUUCCCCCCCCCCCCCGGGGGUCCCGUCCCUCUGUCCCAGCCCCCCCCCCAAGCACAAGGGGCCCGGGGAGCCCCCCCUCCCCCUCAUUGUCGUGUCUGUGAAUGUGGCUGCUUUUGGGUUCGGGUGGGUUUUUUUGUUUUUUUUUUUCUUUUCCCCCAAACCCCACCGCCCCGGGGCUGGGAGGGACCCAGGCAUCCAGGCCCAGCCCCCCCCUGCCCAAGCCUGGGGUGCUGCCCCCCCCCCGUGUC